AUGAUCGGCAUUCCCUCCGUAAAUUUAGAAAAUUUCCUCUUGAGAGAUCUGACUGAAAAAGGAUUGAAGAAAUUAGGACACAGCAUUGAAAUGUGCUACAGCAAUAUUCAGAAAUUAGUCCUAAAGCAUCUUAGCAGCGUCGGAAUGGCACUGACAUACCAGCUGGCUGAAAUGACUGGAAUGGCUAAACUUGGUGGACAAUACGAAGCCCUGGGAUUUACUUCCGAAACUGUAAUUAACGAAGCUCUUCGGGCAUCCGAAGCUUUUCUUGCCAAAGCAUCUGAAAUACAACAAGUCAUCGAUCAUAGUAUGCGUGAUUACAAAGCAUUUUUCCGAUGGUUAUAUGUUGUUAUACUCAAAUUGACUGGCGAACGGGUGCCGCCUGAAGUGAGCAGAGUUAGUCAACAAGACUUGACUUUUAUUGCUGAAUUUUUGCGUGGAUUUGAUCAAGUCGGAGAUAAAGAAGGGGCUAGGAAAGGUGUGAAUCUUGAAAAACUCGGUCAGUACUUAAGAAAAGGAGAACCUCUUCAGACAUGCUUAACCCCUGACGGUAGCGAAUGGGCUGCUAUGCUCAGCGAGAAUGUCUGCUUACAAAACCACCCGCUAUUGGUUAGGCAAGACCUUACGCUGUCCUUGUUACAAUCUAAUGCGAAACUGGUUGACGCCAUAAGCGUCGUGUUUGGUCAGGCUUACCAGGGACUAGUGAAUCUCUUUAUUCCUACAGCCUUUGUAACGUCUGAGAAGGAUUUAUUGCUCGCUGUCUCAGACCUGAAUGGAAAAAUUUUGCGGAUGUUUAAGGUCGUCCAAAAUACGGGUACUGAAAAGACUUUAACAGUCAAAAAUGCAACCGUUGACACGGAUCGGCGACAAGGAUCCGAUACAAAAGAGAUCGCUGCUAGCGGCAGCAGCUUGAUAAUAGACUUGCAGUUCUAUUCCCAAGAUUAUUUAAGUUUGCUCAUUCUGGAACAUCACACGCAUUCGUCAUAUUUCGUGCAGCUACCUCUUGGCCAUAUUUUCACGUUUGAUACUAGAGAGAAUAUAGGCAUUAGUGAAUUGGUUGAAAUUUCUGGGGGAACCUGGCCAAAACCUGUUCAAGGAAUAGUAGCGAGUCGUUUGGCUGUAAGUGGAGCUCGGAAAGUGGCUGCUAUCCUUAGUGAGAGCAACCGUAAAAUUCGUAUACUGGAAAUAGAAGUCGAGGAAGAAGAUGACGAUGAAGAUGAUGAAGAUCAAGCAGAAGAGGCAGAUGAUAACGUAAUGGAUACCACUGCUGGUGUUAGUACAAAUACAGCUCCACAAUGUAAUGCCAUACCUUGUCACGCAAUCAUUGUGCUAUUUAUAUUCACUGUGUAA